UUGCGCAGCCGCCGGGGAGCUGGAAAGGGAGAGGUUGGGAAGUGAACGGGAAGUGAGGGGCGGUUCCGCGGGGGCGCGCUUCUCUACAUCCGGGCAUCGCUUCCGUUCAGCCUUCCCACUGGCGUGACAACAGGAAGCGGAAGUGAAAAAUGAGUAUGCCUGGUGCCUCUUAGCAACCUAAGGGGUCAGGUGACAAAAUCUGCUGACUCACGUAGAGGCUGUCAGUGUUGCGGCCAGUACCGGAGUCGUGGCAGCUGCGAUUGCCCAGACGGGGCCCUUAGAUCGUCAGAAUGUCGGGCAAAGACCGAAUUGAAAUCUUCCCCUCGCGAAUGGCACAGACCAUCAUGAAGGCUCGUUUAAAAGGAGCACAGACAGGUCGAAACCUCCUGAAGAAAAAAUCUGACGCCUUAACUCUUCGAUUUCGACAGAUCCUAAAGAAGAUAAUAGAGACGAAAAUGUUGAUGGGUGAAGUAAUGAGAGAAGCUGCCUUCUCACUAGCUGAGGCCAAGUUCACAGCAGGGGACUUCAGCACCACAGUUAUCCAAAAUGUAAAUAGAGCCCAAGUGAAAAUUCGAGCGAAGAAAGAUAAUGUAGCAGGUGUUACUUUGCCAAUAUUUGAACAUUACCAUGAAGGAACUGACAGUUAUGAACUGACUGGUUUAGCCAGAGGUGGGGAACAAUUGGCUAAAUUAAAGAGGAAUUAUGCCAAAGCAGUGGAACUACUGGUGGAACUAGCUUCAUUGCAGACUUCCUUUGUUACUUUGGAUGAAGCCAUUAAGAUAACCAACAGGCGUGUAAAUGCCAUUGAACACGUCAUCAUUCCCCGGAUUGAACGUACCCUUGCUUAUAUCAUCACAGAGCUGGAUGAGAGAGAGCGAGAAGAGUUCUAUAGGUUAAAGAAAAUACAGGAGAAGAAAAAGAUUCUCAAGGAAAAAUCUGAGAAGGACUUGGAACAACGCAGAGCAGCUGGAGAGGUGAUGGAGCCUGCUAAUCUUCUGGCUGAAGAGAAGGAUGAGGACCUUCUGUUUGAAUAAUUUUUCCUGCUCUGGUUCUUUUGGAAACCCUAACACUGGCUCCAUUUUAAUUCGUGGUGUGUAGGUUUGAUUUGUGUGGCUAUUUAUUUUUUGGCCUAAGAAUUUCUUUCACUGAUUGUAAAAUUUACCUGCAUGUCUAUUUAUGGGAUUACUUUUGCAGCAACCAUUUAUCACAGAUGAAAGAGCUUUGUAAAACCUUUUCAGGAAUUUACUCUGCAGAAGUGUUACCCUACUCCAUUUACAUCUGUGUUACAUGUGAUCUGCUUACCCAGCAUAAUAGGAAAUACCCCUUAGGAAACACUAGUGGUCCUAGGCCUACUACUGUGGCGCAGCCUUUGUUCCUACCCACUUGCAAACCUUGGCGCUGGUGUCUGAGAUUGCUGCAGCCAUCCUUGUGUUACCGUGGUACUUAUUUUCUCAAGCUUUGUGAAAACCUGCACUUAUUUUUCCUUGCAUGACAGGUCUGUCUUGUCUAUCAUGAGAGCAGUUCUGCCAAUUGAAAUGUGACUAUGGUAUAAAUAGUAAAGUGAUUGAAAAAUAAGUCAUUCCUUUUUUAUUACUAAUUUACUGCUAAGAGUAACAGUCAUGUUCUUAUGUUCAGAUCAGCACAGUAUUUCAUUCACAGAGCUUUCUCUGCAGACAUGUAGGAGGUGAGUAGCCUUUUCCCCUCCUUCCGUGUAUCAGUGUUUUACUAAAAGGCUUGCUUUGAGACAAUUGUUGCAUUUUGGGGGUACUAAUAAAUGCCAAUGAAUUAAGAGGACUUCGUAAUACUACUUUCCUAAUCUAAGAAAAAUACUCAUUCCCAUUUUAGAGUCAGAAGGUAACUUUUUAUUUUGUUAUGUUAUAAUCAAGAACAACUUGCAUUUAGAUGAGGCAAUUGAGGGGCCACAGCAGGUAUCAGAUUUUUGAUUUGACAUGAGCUGUCCAUGGUUAUUUCAGUCUUUCUUACAACCAGUUGCAGGCAUUCUUUACAUGACUGGCCAUGGAACAGUUUGUUUGUUAUGAAGUUGUGACACCAGCCUUAUUAGUAUUGUAUUUUAAUCAAAUGAUGGCACAGUCUGGGCUUUUUAAAGUACUAAAUGAUUUUGUAAACAUUUAGUACCUGCUAUAAAAUAAUGGAUCUUAGUUAUCGUAUACCAGGUACUGUUUUCAGUAUUUUAUUUAUAUUAUCUUACCACAAUAAUAAGUGCAUAUAAUUUUAACCCUCCAUUUCAGAGGAAAAAUUUGAGGCACAGAGCACUUGAGUAAUUGGUCUGAGGUUAGAAAGCUAGAAAGUGGUAAUCCAGGAUUUAAAUCCAUGCAUUCAUUCUACCUUCAGAGUUUUUAUACCCUUAACUUUUAUCCUUUCUGCAUGCCCUAUAUUUAAAAUGUUGGGUAUUUAAAGGUAAGACAUAGGGCCUGCCUGUCCUGGAGGAGCUGAUUUUUAGGAAAUCCUGUUGCUGCUCAUAAAAUGAAAUGUUUCCAUGUAAAUUCAGUAAUGAUUGUAAAAUCAACAAUUGAGUUCACAAGUCUUUUAAAACUAGGUAACACUGAACUGUUUUACAUCUAAUUUUCCCACCUGGUGAGGUGUAAAUUCUACCAUCUUCAUUUUGCAGAUGAGGAAAUUGAGGCUUUGAUAGGUCAAACAGUACAGCAGGAGUGCAAAUCAAAUGUAUCUUGAUUUCAGAGCCUUGGUUUUAAGCACUAUGCACUGCCUCUCUAGGAGGCAAAAAUUAUCUUAAAGCUCUGGAAUUUAUUGGCCUUGGUUAAAUUACCUACAAAAGUACAGAUAAUUUUAAAGUUUAGCAUUUGUUAAAAAAUCAAGAGAAAAUAGUGGACAGAUAAUUUGCUGUGUGUGGAGUGGUGAUCUGAUCCAUAGGGGAAGGGAAUAGAGUAAUGAAUAGGAAUAGAAACUGGACUGUAACAGAUAACAGGUGUGUAAAUGCAUCAAACUUGUUAUGUGAUUUGUGUCCUUGGGUAGAUGAUAGAGUAUCAUAGAAAAAGGGAGAAAUGAAGAAUGGAGAAAUGAAAUAUAUGUUGUAUAUUUGCCAACAACUCACAUGCUAUCCUCAGUGUCCUCAAAUCCCUGGCUGUAUACAACGUAAAUUUGCCUGAGUAUUACAUACCUCCUUCCCCAUAAAACUUCAAAGUUCACAGCCCUAAGUUGUCCAUCUUUAAAAACUUAGUUGUUUGUUUAAUUAAGGAAACAGGACCUACCUACAUCUGUGUCAACAGGGGGCACUCCCCUACCAUAAAAAACAAAUUAAAAGACAUUUUGUGUUUCA